GCAAAGCGAGAGGCAGAUUAGAAGAUCUUUGCUCUCUUGCAUUGUUCUCUUUCCAUUUUUAUUUUUGCAUUCCCGCCCAAACAAAAAACAGGAAGAUGAAAUACAUCAUUGGAAUAGGAGGUGUGACCAAUGGUGGGAAAACCACUCUGACCAAUAGACUUAUCAAAGCACUUCCAAACUGUUGCGUUGUCCAUCAAGAUGACUUUUUCAAGCCACAAGAUCAAAUAGAAGUCGGGGAAGACGGCUUUAAGCAAUGGGAUGUCCUGGAGUCCUUGGAUAUGGAUGCUAUGGUGAGCACUGUUCACGCAUGGAUAGAGAAUCCCGUGAAGUUUGCCCGAUCGCAUGGAGUGACAGUUUCAUCCAGCACAAAGGAGCCCAGCUCUGAUGAUACCCACAUACUGAUUGUUGAGGGCUUUCUGCUUUACAACUACAGAUCGCUGAUUGAGUUAUUUGACAAACGGUACUAUUUGGCAGUCCCGUAUGAUGAAUGCAAGCAAAGACGGAGUACACGUAAAUAUACAGUUCCUGACCCCCCUGGUCUCUUUGAUGGCCAUGUCUGGCCCAUGUAUCUUAAACACAGGAAGGAAAUGGAAGCCAGUGAAGUUGAUGUUGUUUAUCUGGAUGGAUUGAAGUCCAGAGAUGAACUUUACAUGCAAGUGUUUGAAGACAUACAAAACAAGCUUCUAAAUGCUUCAUAGGGUCUGUGGAAAACUGGAAGAUCCUUGUACAAAUGAUGUAAAUACUGUAUUGGUUAUUAAUAGAAAUAUGUAGGGUUUGGACUUUCUGAUACUGUCCUUUGGAAAACAAGAUUAUGUAUAUAAUUGAAAGUUAAUGUAACUUAUUUACAAUUUGGCCCUGGACAGUUUUUUUAAAAAACUUUUAUAUUUCAUUGGUUCAUAUGUAUUCUAACUGUGCAUUUUUUUUAUAUAAUGGAGCACUUAGAUUCAGUUUGUGAAAUACUAUUGUUUAUGUCAGUAUCUUUGUGUCAGUUGUAAGCCUCUGUUGAAUUGCUUGUAUAACUCUGUAUUUUACACUGAGUAAAGAAACAUGUAAAUGUA